AUGAGUAACGAGAUUGAGACAUAUAAUGACCCAGACUUUUUCAAUAGCGUGGAUGAGUCUGAUGUUGAAGUAAUUAACCUUUUAUGUGAUGAUGUUGUCCCAAAUUAUACAAUCAACAGAGAAUUGCUCAAUAAUUGGCAACUUGAAUUGUCAGAAAGCAUUGGUGACUAUUCAAGUUUGACGAAUUCAAUUCAACAAGAUGUGAUAUUGAAUGUCCCAGAUGAUCCAGUACCAUCAUGUAGCGAAAUGAAAGCGCUAAUUGAAAAAGUUAAUUGUUUGAGUGAAGAGUUCAGCGAUUUUAAAUUGAUUGUUUUAGAAAUAAUAUUGUCAAUAUGCUCAACCUCGUAUAAAACACUUAUACAUUUAUUCAAGGUGAAUUUUAUUGAUACCUUGAUUGAUAAUUUCUUGACACAAGCACAUCUAAGUAACCAGAUUGAACUCAAUCGGCCAUCCCUUGUGGGUCAAUUGACUCGCUUGAUAAUAGUGAUGUCUGAAAUGGGAUGCAAUGUGAAGUCGCUCAGAAGAUUGGUUCAACCGUUAUUUGAUAAACACUCAGAAAACCAUAUGAAACUACUAAUACUUCAUUUGCUUGACCAAAUCUUUGUUAAAUUUCCUUCGCAUUUUAACUUUUAUUUAUUCAACUUGAAACACCCUAUAGCAUUACCUUUUUCAAAUUCAGCAAAACGUUUGAGUAUAAGUUCUUGGAUGAAGGUAAAUAGGCUAAGUCAGUCGAGCGAUGAGCCCUUGACCCUUUUUGUCCUCGCGAGUUCAGCAUCGAGUGAAUCCUCGACGCUCAAGGUACGUCUCGUGAAUUAUGAGCAGUUUAUGAUUGAAAUUUAUGAGGACCUGAACAAUUCGAAGAGUCAAUUUUCUUUCAAUCAAAUUUUGAACAUUGGAGACAUGUCCAACCAAGGAUUCUUUCACUUCACCUUAACAUACGAUUUUUACGGAAACUUGAACUUAUUUAUUGAUGGCGAAUACAGUGAAUCAAUACCUUGCCCCAGUGUUAGGAAAAUUUUGAGUACUUGGAAUAAAGUUUAUAUAGGAGAUAUCCUGGAUAGAAAAGUAACGAUUAAAGACGAAAUCGUCCUAAAAAGCUUCAUGAUAUUGGGCGUUGCUUUAUCUUAUGAAUGGAUUACGACAUUAUAUAAUCUAGGACUAGGAUAUGAAUGGGAUUUCCAGGAAUUUACCAAGGAGCAUAUACUCAAUAUGUUGAAUCACUUGAGUCCAAGAGGCCUAAUAAACGUAGGUGGAAGAAUCAAUGAAAUAAAAAGAACUAAGAAAUAUGAGAACAACGACUUAUUGAAACCUGCCAUGAACAAUUUGAAUAAAACUAGAAACGAUUUUCAAAAUAUUGAUUUGAUAAAUAAAGAAACUAUAAUUCAAUCACUAACGUCGAAAAAAUUCAAGUACGAUCAUGUUCUAUUUGACAUACGUAUGUAUCACUAUUCCAUCGCCAAUGGAAAUCCGAAACUGGUACUAGUCCAUGAUUCCAGUUCUAUUCAUGGUGCUUUUUAUGGAAUUGGAGGAACAUCUUUGUUGCUUAAACUAAUAGAAUCUUCACUUGCUAUUGACGAAAGGUCCUUUAGAGACACGAUUUUGUAUGAGGAAAUGAAAAUUCUAUUCACGGUACUCAAUAACAACUGGAGACUAAGCAAAGAGUUUGAAAAUAUAAAUGGAUAUGGUAUAUUGUCUAUAUUAUUGACCAAUUAUAAAGAGGUACUGAACAUGAGUUUAAGCUUUGAAUUAAUCAAGUCGUUCUCAAAUAAUUCUACAAAUGAGUUGACUGGCUGCCAUGGCUCUAAUUUGUUAAAUUUGAUCUUAAGUCACAUUGGCUACGAUUUGAUUAAUCCAUAUGAAUCAGUGAUUGCAAAUUUCACUUGUUACAGAUUUCUUAUUCUAAACUUUGAACUUUUCUUUGAAAGUGAAUCAUUUGACUAUUUAAUGUAUCAUUUCCUGAUCUUACUUCAAAUAUCGAAAUUCAGUCUGUUCAAUUCUUUUGAGCUUAGCAAAAUGAAAUUGUUGAAGAAAAUUAUCCAAUUUUUGAAGUCGCCAUCUCUCCUCGAAAAGAGUAACAUGAAUUUCGAACAAAUAGAGUCAACUUUAAGGUGCGUUAUCAAAGCUGAUUCCACAGUAGAGGCAAUAAGAGCAUUAUCAUUAUUCAUAAUAUAUGCAUUGUAUAAUGAAGAUUGUUCAACUGAAAUAGGAAUAAGGGCGUUGAAAGCUUUAACAAACACCGUUUGUGACACAGGCUCAUCGAUUAAGGUGUUGAAAAAGUUUUCAAGAUCUAUCACAAUACACUGGAUUUUAUUAAUAUUUCAAUUUAAAGGAUCCAGAGAUGUAAGAAAAUGUGGAAUGAGACUAUUGACGAGAUUAUUGAAAAUUUUGGGCCAUCCUGUAACUAAAAAGUUCUUUCAGAUGAACCAUGGUCUAGACGUUUUAACUUAUUAUAUGCUUAGUUGGUGGGAUGAUGAUGCGAUCCUUUGUUCCAUCUAUCUGUCAGCAUUUGGUGUUGAUCCAUCACACAAAGGUGCAAGUGACUUGAUAUGCAUAUCUGAAGAUGUGAAACUUAAUAAUCUCAUUAUCCCUGAGUUCUUGAUCUUAUUAAAUAACUUGGUGCUCAAUUCGAUGUGUAUUUUGAGCUCGAAAUAUGGAAAAUCUUUAAGCAGCAGUCCAAAUUCUCCAGCAAGAUCGUCUGCAGAUGAUAACAUGAAUACAUCUUUGAAUGUUUUACAUUUGAUAAAUCAAUAUAUUGAUUCAAUUAGCAUAGGAUUCAACAAGAACAGAAUAUUAUCUCAGUUUUAUAAGACUAAGGACUGGCUAGAUGGCGUGUUCGAAUUAUUAGGUCAUUUAAAGCUUUCGCUUGCAUGGUCGAAUAUCGAACUUCUCAAAGAUUUCAGGUUGUGCUUCGAGAAAUUGACUAAUACAUUAUCCAAUAUAUUCAUUUCAUGUAUUGGUGGCGACUUCUUUGCAAUGUUCGAAGAUCUUAAUGAAUUUACAAAAAAACUAACUUUAGAGUUAAUAUUUCCUAAGAUUUUUGAACAUAUAAAUGAGAUUCUAAGUAUUUCGAAUUAUAUUUUCAACGAGACUGAUUUCUUCAAUAGUUGCAUUACUAUUAUGAAUUACUAUUUUGAUCAUUUUUUGCAACAGCACUAUUUUAUCAAUCAAGCUAACUUGAGUCUUUACAUAAAUUGUGUUUUAUCUAUCAUAGAGUUAAACCAACGGGGCAGUGGCAAAAUAAAACUUAGCCGCAACUUAGGGGAACUUUUAGUCAUAAAAUUCUUGAGACUAGAGAAUGAUGGUAAUUUAAGCAAUAACUUGAAUGAAUCGGUAAAGUUAUUGCUUUAUCGGCAAAUGACAAUUCUUCAAAAGCAGAAUGUGAACGAUGAAAGAUUGGGUGAGCUUAUUACGCUUUUGUUAGGAAACUUCUUUGUUUUGUCCCCCCAGGAGCAGCGAGUGAAUCUCGAAUAUGUCUUGAACUUUUUAAGAACCUGUUAUAUUAUGAAUCAAAGCCGUUUUCCAAAUAUAGUAAAGGAUAUAAAUGCAGAUGCAUCUGAAGUGAUUUUGGAAUUCUUUGAAGGCUUGUUAUCGAAAAAUGACGAUGAGGCAUUGAUCAAGCUCCAAAAGUUUCCGACUCUCAAUAGAGCAUUUAACCAAAAAUUCUACUAUUUGGUUGGAAAGUUCAAAGAAAUUGAGUUCAUGAAUGUAUCUGAUAUGAUCUCCGUUACGUUGAACAAUGGUGGUAAGUUGGGAUUCUUGAAUAAUAUAUAUAUCAAGAGCUUCGAGAAGGACUGCGAGCAGUUGAAACUUCAGAUCAUUCAUGGUGAGACUUUAAAGUUCAACAGAUCUAACCAAGAUAGACAAGAGAAUAUUCAGUUUUUUGUUUCUUCUUACAAUGCUUUAAAAUUUGAGAUUUCUAGACUAAUGACUGAGCCAGAUUUACGAGGUCAAUAUGUUCUUGAUUACAUAGAGAACCUUGAUGCAAUGCGUAAGAGAUUAGUUAUCGAAGAUCAGCUAGCAGAAUCAGAGAAACUAUCUUAUCAUAUUAAUAUCCCUGUCAAACAAGUAGAUACCUUUAGUACCAUGGAAAUGUCAAACCUUGAAGAUUUUGACUACGUUCUUGCUAGCCAUGGAAUUGACACAAUGAAUUUAUCAGCAGAGGACUCUUUUAUAAACGUUGGUAGCGAAAGCUUUGAGAUGGUCAACGACACGUCAGAAAGUAAUGAUUCUGAUAGUGUAUCUGCGCACGAGGACAAAAACCGAAAGGUUAUCAAGAGCUUAUACAUGGGUGAUCAAAUAGUCGAAUUAUGGAAUAUCAGUCAAAUAAAUGGCUUGGUGCCGAUUGAAAGCUUAAUGAUCUUAGGAACGGGAUAUCUUUACUUGAUUGAAAACUACUUUCAUUGUCCCGACGGAAACGUGAUUGAUGCUCAGGACGCACCUGUGGAAUUGAGAGAUCCUUACUUGCAAUUAAUAAAUUCACAAUCUAAGAAUAUACUCAAAAAUGAUCUGAUUUCACAUAGAAAUAAGAACUGGGGUUUAGAGAAGUUGAGUUGUAUCUCAAAACGUCAAUUCUUGUUGAGAGACAUAGGUUUAGAAAUGUUUUUCAGCGAUGGGGCAAGCAUUUUAAUUACAUGUCUUUCAGUCAAGGAACGUGAUUCAAUCUAUAGCAAGCUAUAUUCGAUAGCGUCAGGUAAGGGUUUGGACUACGACUUGACUCAGGCUCUACAAUUAUCGUCAUCUUUAGCAACCAAUCAUGCUCUUCAAAAUGGAACUUCGUAUUUUACUUCGAAGUUAGCAUCUGCAUUCACUCCAACUUCUAGUCUGUCAAUGCUUUCUGCGACUAAGAAAUGGAAAAUGGGAGAAAUGUCGAACUUCUAUUACUUAAUGAUCAUAAAUAUCCUUGCAGGAAGGACCUUUAACGAUUUAACGCAGUACCCAGUAUUUCCAUGGGUUAUAGCUGAUUAUCAAAGUGAAAGCUUAGACUUGUCCAACCCAAGGACAUUCAGAGAUUUAUCGAAGCCCAUGGGUGCUCAGACGCCUCAGAGGUCUCAGGAAUUCAGGGAGAGAUUUGAGGCGUUAGACAGCCUUAAUGAUGCAAACUCUCCUCCAUUUCAUUAUGGAACACACUAUUCUUCUGCUAUGAUCGUUAGUUCUUACUUGAUACGGCUCAAGCCUUAUGUCCAAUCUUAUUUGCUAUUACAGGGAGGUAAAUUUGAUCAUGCGGAUAGGCUUUUUAAUUCAAUCGAAAAAGCAUGGUUGUCAGCUUCAAGAGAUAAUACAACUGAUGUUCGAGAGCUCAUACCUGAAUUUUUCUAUCUUUCAGAGUUUCUCGUGAAUUCGAACAAUUUUGAAUUCGGAACACUUCAAAAUGGACAGGCAUCCAACGAUGUUGAAUUGCCACCCUGGGCAAAGGGGGAUCCAAAGCUUUUCAUCAUGAAAAACCGAGAAGCUCUCGAGAGCCCUUAUGUUUCCGCCAACCUACAUUCUUGGAUUGAACUCAUUUUUGGCUCAAAGCAGAGCGGUGCAGAGGCUGUUGAAGCACUUAACGUGUUCCAUCAUUUGUCCUACAAUGGGGCCAUCAACUUGGAUAACAUAAGCGACGAGGUGGAAAAAAGAGCAGUUAUAGGUAUGAUAAACAACUUUGGACAAACACCUGUCAAAAUAUUCCAUAAGCCUCAUCCGAUAAAAGAAGUUUUGAAUAUUUCAAACGAAUACUUGACUUUGAUAGAUUCGUCUCAUCACCCUAAACUCGUUUUUGAAUCGAAAUUGAAGUCUCCUAUUGUAAAGAUAGAACUAAAUUCAAAGAACAAAAGGUGGAUUGGCAGGCCCUCCUGUAUCAGUUCUGGCGAUGAGCUCCUUAUAAGAAAGGCAAAGAGAGCAGAAUUACAAAGCGGAUCGUUGAUUGUGAAUGAAACUACUUUCUUCAAUAUACAUCUGUCUGACAUAACAUGUAUAUUACAAAUUGGCUAUAAAAUGUUUUUGACGGGAUCAAAAGAUGGUAUAAUCAAUGUUUGGAAAUGCAAUUUAGGGAACCAGGUAAAUCUUCAAUUUCAGUGUAUCCUUAGAGGACAUUACGCCCCUAUCACUCAUAUGACAUUUAGCAAGAGCUAUAAAAUUGGAAUUUCUUUGGAUAAAGAUGGAAUAAUAAUAGUAUGGGAUUUAUCACGUUUCAAAUACAUCAGAAAGAUUUAUCCGCAAGGAUUUGAAGGGUUUACAGUUCAUGUAUCUAUUUCAAAUGAUACUGGCAAUAUUGGCUUGAUAUAUUCGAAAGAGGACCUCAAUAUCUUGAAGAUAUAUACCGUCAAUGGGGAUAUUAUUCACACAGAAAAUAUGGGGAAGCUACCCAUCACUUGCUUCACUUUCGGUAGCAUAAAUGAUCCAAUGGUGGACCACAGUAAACUGCCAAUGCAUAUAAACCACACUUACUGGUCAAGUGAAAUAGUGGCAAUCUCUAGUACGAAGACUGUCAGACUCUUGGAGCUCAGGUCUGAACCAGACUGGCAUCUAGUAGAGAUUGAUAUCAUAGAUAUAACUGAUAAAGUACAUGGAAGAAUUACUGCUUUAGAGUUGCUUAAACGAAGCGAAAUGGAUCCAGAUGACAAAUUGAGUAGAGGAUUCUUAACUUUGGUUAUGGGUGAUCUGACUGGAAAAGUGUAUAAAUGGUGA